GAAUAAUUGAAGUCAAACUUGAUCAGAUCAGAGAAAGAUGGAAGCUCUGACUCUCCUUCUCUGUCUGCUUCUAACGGCUAAAACCUCUCAGGCAUCAUGUGGUGGCACUAUGACAGAUUGGAUGGGUGAAUUUUUCAGUCCUCUGUAUCCUCAAAACUACCCUGAUAGCUCACUGUGCACAUGGACCAUUCAUAGCACAGGGACGACGACUGUGUUAUUGACCUUCACUGAUGUUUUUUUGGAAACAUGCUGUGAUUACAUCAGAGUAUAUAAUGGUCCUUCUACCCUCUUCCCUUUAUUGGGAGAAAUACGGGAGAAUGAGAACAAACGCUACAACUCCAGCUCCAAUGAUCUGACUGUGCUUUUCUUCAGCGAUGGCAGUGUAUCAAGAAGAGGAUUUCAUGCAAAGUGGGUUUUUGUAGAUUCCAAUUCAUGCAGGAAUAACUGUGGAUACUCCCUUGGCACUUGUUCGUGUGACGACUCCUGUCAGGACAACAGGAACUGUUGCUAUGACUACAACCGCUACUGCACACUGACGACGACUUGGCCAACUACAACAGAUUUCCCCUCCUGCAUGUAUAACUGUGGAUACAACCUCGGAAGCUGCUCAUGCACCUCUAACUGUCAGUACUAUGACAGCUGUUGCCUCGAUUACGCCGACUACUGCUCAAUAACAACAGCAGCAACAACGGCAACAACUUACUGGAUGAAUACUCCUUCAUUCUCUCCCUCCUGCAUGUAUAACUGUGGAUACCACCUCGGCACCUGCUCAUGCACCUCUGACUGUCAGUACUAUGGCAACUGUUGCCCUGACUAUGACAACUACUGCCCAAAGACAACCACUUGGCCAACUACAACAGCUCCCUCCUGCAGGUAUUCCUGUGGAUAUGACCUUGACUUGUGCUCAUGCUCCAACGAGUGUCAGUACUAUGACAACUGUUGCCCUGACUUUGAAAGCUUCUGUAUAGCAACAAUUCACCCACCAGAUGAUCCAACAGCACCCUCUUGCAUGUAUAACUGUGGGUAUCACCUUGGUUAUUGUUCAUGCUCCAGAGCCUGCCAGCACUUUGGUGACUGUUGUCAUGAUUAUGAGCACAUCUGCAUGAGAACAACAACACCAACAACAACAACAACGUCAACUCACAUGGCAGAUACAGCAGAUGCAUACUCCUGUGAGAAUAACUGUGGCCAAAGGCUUCCUCUCUGUAGUUGUGAUGAUGACUGUCAGUACUAUGGCAGCUGUUGCCCUGACUAUGACAGUCACUGCUCAACAACAACUACCACUACUUACUGGCCAGAAACAACAGAUCCCUCCUGCAGGUAUAACUGUGGAUACAAUUUCAGCAGCUGCUCAUGCAACUACGACUGUCAGUACUAUGGCAACUGUUGCUAUGACUUUCACUGGUAUUGCCCAUUGUACCCAACAACAGUUUCUCACCCUCAGUGUGGAGGACACCUGUAUGGUGCUGGGCUGUUUUCCAGUCCAAACUACCCAAACUAUUACCAUGACAAUGCCUACUGUGUGUGGCAUCUCUCUGCUCAGCAAGGACAGAGGAUCUUCCUGACAUUUGCUGAUGUGCAACUUGAGCGCUGCUGUAACUGUGACUACAUCACCGUAUACGACGGCUCUUCCACUGGUUAUCCACAGCUAGGAAGGGUCUGUUUUAAUGACACCACACACCAGGUGUUUCACUCUUCUUCACGAUACUUGACUGUUGUCUUCAGGAGCGACUACUCUGAUGUCAGCCAUGGUUUCAAGGCCCUUUUCACAAGCUCUCUGACUGCAGAUGAAGGUCGUGUGGAUUGUUCCUCAGACAACAUGGUCAUUGUCAUUCAGAGGUCUUACCUUAACUCACUCGGGUUGAGUGAAAAUGACCUUUAUGUGAAUGACCAUCUUUGCAGACCCACUAUAAGCAGUACUGAAGUUGUGUUCAGAUUCCCUCUUGACACAUGUGGAACUGUCAAAGAGAUGAUGAAUGGUUAUGUGUCCUACACCAACAAUGUGCGGGCCUCUCAGUCUCAGUCGGGUGAAAUCACUCGUCAGUCACAGUUCCUACUACACGUGGGCUGCAGAAUGGAGCCGGACACCAUGGUGCAGAUAUUCUACAAGGCCAAGGAGAUCGUCAGUGCCAACAUCACAGGAACCGGACGCUUCAAUGCCAGCAUAGCUUUCUUCACCUCCAGCAGUUUCAGUCAACAAAUUUAUGACUCUCCAUAUAAGGUGAACCUCAACCAGCUUCUCUACGUUCAGGUCAAGCUAAACAGGCUUGACAACAGUCUGGAUCUGUUCCUGGACACCUGUGUAGCAUCUCCAAAUCCCAAUGACUUCAAAGAUCACUCCUAUGAUCUGCUGCGUAAUGGAUGUUCCAGAGACAACACAUAUUAUUCCUAUACCAAUGGUCAGCACUACUAUGCUCAGUUCAGUUUCCAGGCUUUCAAGUUCCUUCGGACUCACGCCUAUGUGUACCUGCAGUGUAAGGUAAUCAUCUGCCCUGAUAACGACUACAAUUCUCGCUGCCGCCAAGGUUGCCGCUUGCGUCGCAAGAGAUCCCUUGACAGCACCUACCACACCAAUACUGUGACGCUGGGGCCAAUCAAACUCAAAGGAACCUAGGACAGUGACAUGCUUUCACAGACAACAUGAGAAGAUGAAGUCAGCAGAUUGAUUGGAUCAACAGCUACUUUAUUUCUGAUCUUUAUCAUUAAUCAGUUCACAUUAUCGUUCCUAAUAAUGUAUUUUUCAUCAGUUCAUUAAAAGCAAUCCUUCUUCAAAUGCA